AUGGGUGUAACCGACCCAGACAAUGGUCAACAAAAUCGCGAGUCGUUUUGCGCUGGACGCAUUUUCCCGCUUAGAUAUACUGUGAACAAUGCCGGCUAUCUUCCUCGAUUCCUGCCCAUUACGGAAUCCGAUCCUGAAGACUGGUGGAAAAGCUGGGAGGUUAAAGCGAAGGGCGUGUUCCUGCUCACUCGACAGAUGCUGCCGAUAAUGCUAAGAGAUCAACAGUCAGAUCGUACCAUUGUCACUCUGGCCAGUACAAGUGCGCACGGUGUUUCGUCUGGUGAGAGCUCUUAUUAA